UACUCUGAAACUGAAUCAGAAGACGGAAGUAUGGGAUGUUUCUCCUGCGUUAGACCUAUCAAGGACAAAUCCGAACCUGCUGGCUUUUGUGAAGAUUACGGAUCUCAAUCAAAAGCUGGAAAGAUAUACCUAUCAGAAGCUGAACGUCGUAUUGCAUCAGAACAAGCAGCACAAAGUGAUUCUUGCAUUGUCAAGGCUCACGUAUUCGAACCGACAGAACUAAUUGAUGCUACGAAUGCGUUCAAUCCAGACCGUGUUAUAGGUGAAGGAAGAUUGGGACGUGUAUAUAAGGGUGUUCUCGAGGACGGACAGGUGAGAGUUGCAAUUUUUGUGCUACGUAAUAGAUGACUAUUUAAUGUUUCGGGUA